AUGCGUGUGUUUGUGUUUUUACUCUCUCUUGGCUAUGCCUUGGCUUUACCUCAGGGUUAUAACUAUCAAAUAGAAGUGGGACAGACGGGUGGCAACAACAUUCAAGCCAUACCCAAUGAUUAUCAACAAAUCCUGCAAGAACAAUUCGUUGGACAAAUUCCACAAGGAUUUGCCGAUGCUGGUGGCCAAUUUGUUAGCAAUUUAUUGCAAAGUGCCCAGCAUGUCAUACAACAUGAACAGCUGCAACAACAACAACAGGAACAGCAGCAGUUACAACAACAAGUUAUAGUGCAAGCUCCUGCAACAAAUGUCCAACCACCUUCACAAGAAAUUGCAGCAAAUUCUGCACUUAUUGAAACUUCUCAGCCUCAUUUCAUAAUCAGAACAACAGCAAAGCCAGUAAAACCCAUCGAAACCGUUGUUCCCCCCACACCCGUUCAAAAUAAAGUGGCAUUCCACAAGGAGUUCUACUAUUUAUCCGCACCCCAAGAGGAAUAUGAAGCUCCCAAGGAUUUGCAAGAACAAUUGGCAACAAUCAAGAAGAAUCUUAAAGUUGUCUUCAUUAAAGCCCCCGAAAACAAUGGUCUGGAACAAGCUGCCUUGCAGUUGGCCAAACAAUCUGCCAGUUCCCAAACGGCAAUUUAUGUCCUCACCAAACAACAUGAUGCCUCCGAAUUGGCGCAGAAAUUGAACUCGAUUCAGAAUGUUGCACCACAACGUCCAGAGGUGGCCUUCAUUAAGUACCGUACCCCCGAGGAAGCUGAGCACGCUCAACGUGUCAUCCAGGCUCAAUAUGAACAAUUGGACGGCCCCAAUCACAUCAAUCGUCCUGACCUUGGAGUUACUCACGACUUUGUCGGAUCCACACUUAAGCUCGAUCCACGUUCCGGCGCUAUUAGCAGUGCAACAGAAAAGGUUGAAACUACCAAACCAAUUUCCAAAUAUUUGCCAGCCUCUGCUAAACAUUAG